CAAGGAAAAGAUCCUCCGCCCACCUCUGUAGAAGUGAGAAGAGGAGAGAGAGGAGAGAGAAGAGAAACGAAGUGGAUCGAGAGAGAGAGAGAGAGAGAGAGAGAGAGAGAGAGAGAGUAGAAGGAAGAGAUGGGGAUGGAGAUGGAGAUGGAGAUAUUGGGGAUGAACUUCACGUGCGUGGUGGGGGCGGUGUCGGCGGGGCAGAUCCCGGCGAGGGAUUGCGUGCUCCCCCUCGUCUCCAAGCUCCUCGGCUACUGCAUCGUCGCCGCAUCCACCACCGUCAAGCUCCCCCAGAUAAUGAAAAUUUUGAAGCACAGUAGUGUCAGGGGACUUAGUGUUGCAGCCUUUGAGCUUGAAGUUGUCGGCUAUACAAUUGCUUUGGCGUAUUGUGUUCACAAAGGGCUACCAUUUUCAGCUUAUGGUGAACUUGCAUUUCUCUUAAUUCAAGCAAUAAUAUUAGUUGCAAUCAUUUACUACUACUCCCAGCCUGUUGGAACCACAACAUGGAUUAGGGCUUUGCUAUAUUGUGCUGUAGCACCAACCAUCUUAGGUGGCCAAAUUGAUCCAUUUCUUUUUGAAGCCCUAUAUGCUUCUCAACAUGCUAUCUUUUUCUGCGCUAGAGUUCCACAAAUUUGGAAGAACUACACCAAUAAGAGCACUGGGGAGCUCAGUUUCUUGACUUGUUUCAUGAACUUUGCUGGAUCCAUUGUGAGAGUAUUCACGAGUAUUCAGGAGAAGGCUCCAGUAAGUGUGAUUGCGGGUUCCCUCCUCGGUAUCGUGAUGAACGGCACGAUCUUAAGUCAGAUACUUGUUUACCAAAAGGCCCCUGCAAAGAAAGAAAAGAAAGUGGAGUAAACGUGGUGCGAUUCCAUUUACUUUAGAAUCAUUUCAAAAGUCGAAUGUUUCAAGUUUAAUUUGUGUUUAACAUAGCGUAUAAUACCUUGUAGAUGGAAUUAUAUGUUUCUCUUGAAAUUGUAGUAAGUGCUUUUUCAUGACGUUAUGUAACAUUCAUAUUCAUCAGAUUAUCAUGUAGAUAUAAUAUAUUGAUUGGACAUCCGAUUUUAUCAA